AUGGUCACUUGUCUGCCCUUCUUCCUGUGUGCUCGAUACCGUCAUCCUCCUCCUUCGUAUCCAAGUGUCGAGGUACGAAACUGGACCAUAAAACUCUUGGCAGUGCAAACAAAGAAUCCCUACGGUAGCCCUCUCGACUCGUAUAAACGAAUGAACCCACCGCUCAUCCAUUUCGAAGUGGAACUUGUGUGA